AUGGUAUUGAAUGAUACUGAGAACGACAACUUGAAAGGAGAAAGGAAUACUACGAAAGUUUGUAAUUUACGCGAGCGCCCAUUAUUAAUACGAGUUAACGGAAUAUUAUACGAUAUAGCGUUAUUUGCAUCGAAACAUCCUGGUGGACAGAAGGUACUUAAACACUUAGCUGGUGAAGAUGUUGAUGAUUAUAUGAAUGGUACUAAGCGUAUCCUUGGUGUUAAACAUGUACAUUCAGCAGCUGCAUAUCGGAUGCUAGGAAAGUAUGCCAUCGGCAAUUGCUAUGAGGGAGACGACGAGUUGCUAUUUGAUAAACCGAUUUUAAGUAAAGUUGGCUACUUGGGUGAUCGAUAUUGGACAUGGAUCCAUCAACCAUAUGAUGGGACACUAAGGUUGUUCGAAUCAGAUAUUUUGGAAAAUAUGACUAGAACAAGUUGGUGGGUGGUGCCACUUGUGUGGUUGCCUUUGGUGAUCAUCUUUACAUUACGCGCUUUUUCGAUGAUUUUCCAGAGCUAUGGAUUUUUAUACGGUCUUAUUAUUUGGACAGUCCUUUUCACAUUAGGUGUUCUUGCAUGGACUCUUCUGGAAUAUCUUCUUCAUCGUUUUGCUUUCCACUGGAAGCCUAAUCCGGAAUCACGCUUCCAAAUUAUUUUGCAUUUCCUGCUACACGGUUUGCAUCAUAAAACGCCAAUGGAUGGUGAUCGUUUGGUUUUCCCGCCAGUGCCAGCAGCUCCAAUUGUUGCAUUUUUUUAUUAUUUAUAUACUUCGUUACUUCCAUUCGACUUAUUUUGUUGUUUUGGAGCUGGUAAACUGUUUGGUUAUAUCAUUUACGAUUGUUCACAUUACUAUUUUCAUCAUGCCGAUCCGUUACCAGGAACAAAUCUACACUUUCGGAAAGUCUAUCAUAAUAAUCACCAUUUCAAGCAUUUCGAUCUAGCUUUUGGGAUAUCGACUGUUUUAUGGGAUUAUGUUUUUAACACAGUUGGCGCAGGGCCACUAUGAUGGAGUUCCAUUAUUUCACAUUAGUCGUUGAACUUUUCCGCAUUCGGGUAUUAUUUUUAAACACUUUUCGCUUGAUAUUCAAAUACAUAUCCAGCUUUAUU